AUGGAGCACUCUCACCGUGAGCUCCUGAUCAGUAACAUUCUGCCCACAAAUGAGGCGAAGAAUGUAAGUGCUUCGAAUCUCGCGAGAUCGGAGAGUCACAUCAGCAAUUCCAGUGCCAUCAUCAUCGAAGCGGAAGCCUGCCGACAGAGGUACAAGCGGCUCCACCCCAAAGACAUCACCGAGGAUGAGAAGGACUACAAGACUCUCGUUCAUACGAUUCAGCCAGACAGGCUUUCAGCCAUUUUCAAGAGCAAAUUGGGUGAGGGUUCGUGCAAGACGGGGCUUUGUGGCUUGAAGGAGGAGCAAGCGCGCGUCUACUUCAACGUGUAUGGCAAAAACGAGAUCACCCCGCCAAAGCGGGAAAACAUUUGGAUCAAGUUGUUGAGGCAGACGUUUAUGGGCAUUUUCAACAUCCUCCUGUGGUCCUGUGUUGCUGCUGAGGUCGCUUUGAUUCUCAUAUUCUCGGGGGAGUCGAGCAGUGCAGAGGCAUCUAGCCUCAAUGCCACGGCCGCUUCGGAGGCCUUGGCGGCGCACAGCGAAGAGGGCCCCGACUACGUCACACCCAUCAUCCUUUCGUCUGUCAUCGUCAUGGCAGCUCUGCUCCAGUGGUACUCUGAGCUCAAGGCCGAGUCCCAGAUGGAAGCCAUGCAGAAACUGCAGGCCGCUGCCAAGGUGCCAGCUGUACGCAUCGACAAAGGCCGCCGCGUGGACUUGGAGGUGGAUCCUCUGCAUCUGGUCCCAGGCGACAUCAUCUUCCUCCAGGCCGGCGAUCGGAUCCCGGCGGACGUGCGCAUCCUGCACUGCACUGACGGGACCGAGGUGGACAACUCGGCGUUGACCGGGGAGUCGAUGCCGGAACCACGGCACACCAAGACGGAGCCGGUCACAUGUCCACCACCCGAAGCACGCAACCUGGCCUUCUUUGGAACAACGGUGCUCAAGGGCAAUGCCACUUGCCUGGUGCAUGCCACUGGCGAUGCCACCUUCCUUGGCAAGAUUGCACAAGGAAUCAAGUCGUCGAGGGUGAAAUCGACUCUUGAGAUCCAAAUAGAGCAUUUUGUUCACAUCAUUGCCGUCGUUGCUAUUUGCGUUGGCUUGUUGAGCUUGCUGGCCAACUUGCUUUCUCCCGUGAAGCGCGGACCGGCGGAAAUUCUUCAGAACAGCGCUGCGGCGCUCUUUGCGCAGGUCCCGGAGGGUCUUUUGCCAACCGUGACGAUCUCGCUCAUGAUUGCUUCGGAUCAAAUGGCAACGCGAAAUGUUAUUGUUCGCAAGAUUGACGCCGUUGAGACCUUGGGGUGCGUGUCAGUGUUCUGCUCCGACAAGACAGGCACGCUGACCACGGGCGAGAUGGCCGUUCAGGACUUGGUGGUGCCGAUAGCUGGAGCAAGUCUGAACUUGGAGGUCUACAACCGUGACAAAGAGAGUGGAAAGUUCAAUGCCAUGAAGAGCUUAGAGGCAACUUCGCUUUGUGGAAUUCUCAACAACGGCGCCGAGUUCAAAGUGGAGGCCGGGCAAGAGCGGUGGACUGGGUCUCCAACGGAGGUUGCCAUCUUGCGUGCCUGUGCGGAGGUGGCCGGAGGCCCCGGGCCAACGGCGACUCUGAAGUCGAAGCCAGAGAACUACAAGGCUUUCGAGAUUCCCUUCAACUCCGAAAACAAGUGGAUGCUAACCAUCCACGGCACCGCCGGCCAGGGAAGCUACUUCGCGAUCUUGAAGGGAGCUCCAGAACGUGUCCUCAAGUACACAACUCUCAGCACAGACGCGACAGCCAUGGGAAAGAUCGAGCAGCAGCUCCAGGACCUCAUGGGCCAGGGGCGGCGCGUGCUGUGCAUUGCCAAGCGUGAUUUUGCCGCUGGCGACAUUCCCGCGGGAGGCAAGUUCGAGGGCACCAAUGCCGCUGACUGCAACUUCCCGAUGAAAGAGUACGAAUUUGUGGGUUUGUACGGCAUCGAGGACCCACCCAAAAAGGGAGUAGACGAAGCCGUCCUCAUGGCGCAGCGGGCUGGUGUGAAGGUGGUUAUGGUAACUGGCGACCAUCCCGACACGGCUCGCGCGAUUGCAGGUCGCAUCAACAUCCUCGGAGCUGCUGCUGACGACACCCACGAGGCUCAGCAGCUCCAGGGUGAGGACUUCUCUGUGAUCACUGGAGUCAUGUUGGACAGUCGUAUCCCGCGCAGCGAUAACUUCACAGAUGACGAGCCCGAAGACAACGUGAAGUGGUGGAGAAAGGCCGUGCAGCACACCAGGGUGUUUGCUCGUGUAUCACCGAUUCACAAGCAGGUCAUCGUGCAGGCCUACCAGAAGUAUGGAUACAAUGGCAUUGGCGACAUUGUGGCAAUGACGGGCGACGGCGUGAACGAUGCUCCGGCACUCAAGCAAGCGGAGGUGGGCGUCGCGAUGGGUCAGCGUGGCACCGAAGUUGCCAAGGAUGCUUCUGACAUCGUCUUGCACGACGACAACUUCUCGUCUGUGGUGAAGGGUAUGGAGCAAGGACGCCUGUCAAGUGAGAACCUGCAGAAGUCCAUCAUGUACACGUUGUGCUCCAAGGUCCCGCAAGUCGCACCCACCUUCGGAGAGUUGUUCGGAGUUCCGCAGGCUUUGACAGUGGCACAAGUGCUGCUCAUCGACAUCGGUACGGAUAUCUGGACGGCCAUCGCCUAUGCCCUGCAGCCUGCAGAGUCCAAGCUGAUGGAGCGGCAGCCGAGGCACCCGCGCUACGAGAAGAUGGUGAACUGCAAGGUUUUGCUUUACAGCUAUGGAUACAUUGGGCAAUUCCAGAUGCUCUUCUGCUGGCUGAUGUUCUUUUGGGCUACUCCUGGCAUGUGGGAGCUGUACACAUCUGGCAAGAGCCCGAACGACUAUACUGUGGAGGAUUUUGAUACUGAUACCAUGGGCAUGACUGUCUACUACUGGACACUGGUGGUUGGACAAAUUGCUGCGGCGGUGUCUACUACAACCAAAAUGCAAAGCGUCUUUGGCCUGGGCACAACACCCUACUGCUUCCCGAACAACACGCUGAACCUGAUGUUUGUCGGGGAGGUGGUGAUGGGCCUGGCCGCCAUCUACUGCCCACCCAUUCAGUCUGCUUUCAAGACAGGUUGGAUACCAAUGAGAGCAGUCCUGCUUCCUUGGAUUGCCUUUGCUGGCAUUAUUUUGGCAGAUGAGAUUCGUAAAAUGGUGGCGCGAAGUUGCGACGAAUCCUCACCGCGGCCUCGAUAG